ACAAUCACAAUCACAAUCACAAUUGCAGGCGCAACCACUAGCCCAAGGCCAAGUGCAAGGUCAAAGCCAAGUGCAAAGCCAAGGGCAACCACAACAACAAAUGUCAGGGUUUAAUACUGCUGAAGGUAUGGCAGAGGAUACACCGCGUGGUCGGGGUAGACCGAGAGGACGUAAGGCAGAAGCUAGCGCCAAGCGUGGAAGAGGCCGAGGUCUUAGCGUGAAUGCACUCUCUGGCCGUGAUCUCGGCCGUCAAGACAACGUCGGGCUGUUCCUUCCACCUUCCACGAUUGGUAGACCAAGAUUAGGAGAGCAAGGAUCACGUAAAGUCACUGUGCGAGAUGCUAUCUUCACACUUGAGCGCGACUGCCAAACUGGAAGGGGUAAUGGACAACGUACGCUUCUCAAGACAUACAACCAAUGGCUCAAAUAAAGCAAAAGCAAAAGCAAAAGCAAAAGCAAAAGCAAAAGCAAAACAAAACCAAAACCAAAACCAAAACCAAACACAAACACAAACACAAACCAAACCAAACCAAACCAAACCAAACCAAAAUAAAAAUAAAAAUAAAAAUAAAAUUAAGAAAAAGGCUAUUCAAAUUAAACAGCAGCAGCAGCAAAAACAACAGCAGCAGCACCAACAGCAACAGCAACAGCAACAACAAUACUAAUAAUAAUAAUGAUAAUAAUAUUAAUAAAAUAGAAGAAGAAAAAAAAAAGUCUAUUUAUUCUUUUGGACUUCAGUUGGGUUCGAUAUCCGCGCCAUGAAAUGAAGGGCAAAAUAAAUAAAUAAAUAUAAUACGCAUAC